ACUUUGACGAACAUUCAGUUGACAUACAUUACAAAGAUAUUUAGAUGGACACAUUACUUACUAAAUUUACAGAGAGAUUUAUUCUCGAGCAAUGUGUGAGCGUGAUCGAAGUUUAAUUUCCUAAAUUUAUGUCAACAUUUUGUUGUUGUUGUUUUAAGUUGUUCAUUGAUUCAUGGCUGCCAUAUUGAAGACUUCAUGACGGGAUUCAGUUGUUGACUCGGCCUUUUUGCUAUGGAAGAGACAAAAAUUAUAUAUCAUAUAGAUGAUGAAGAAACUCCUUAUUUAGUUAAACUGACUAUUGCGCCCGAGCGCGUUACAUUGGCAGAUUUCAAGAAUGUUCUUAAUCGACCAAACUACAAGUUCUUCUUUAAGUCAAUGGAUGAUGAUUUUGGUGUUGUGAAAGAAGAGAUUAUUGAUGAUGAUGCUCAUUUACCGUGUUUCAAUGGAAGAGUAGUUUCAUGGUUGGUUUCUGCUGAAGGCAGCAAUGUUUCAGAUGGGACAUCACAGUGUACUGACAGUGUUGUACAUUCUGAUGUAAAGGUUCCUAUAGACAGACCCGGAGAUCCUCAUGUCAUCAAUCCAAUUCAUGGCGGUAGAACAAAUGUGGAGGAUACAACAUGCACAGAGACAGAAUCUAUCAUUAGCUGUCGUCAGGGGCAUCAUAAUGUUCACAAAGGGUCUAGACCUCAUCAUGGAGACAAGUACAAUAAAUACAAUGGUUUACGGAUAAAUGGACAUUCAAAACAUAGAUCUGGACAUGGUUACGAGUCAAGUUCAAUGCUCAGUUCUGACCUGGAGACAACAAGUUUCUUGGAAUCUGAAGAUGAUGCUUCAAGUAGAAUUACCACCACCACUGGCAGAGCCACCAACCUUUCUGUUGACAGACAGACUCUAGGAACUGCAGAUCAUAGCAGUGUGUCGCGGUUGCAUUUAUCUGGCCGUCGUCGCCCACGGCGCCGCCGACAUCGUGUUCCGCCUGCUAUGUCUCGUACGUCUUCAUUCUCUUCCAUCACAGACUCGACCAUGUCACUCAAUAUCAUCACCGUUACACUCAAUAUGGAUACUGUUAAUUUCCUUGGCAUCAGCAUAGUUGGUCAAAGCAACAAGGGUGGUGAUGGAGGUAUCUAUGUUGGGUCCAUCAUGAAAGGGGGAGCAGUAGCUCUUGAUGGACGCAUUGAGCCUGGUGAUAUGAUACUGCAGGUGAAUGACAUUAAUUUUGAAAACAUGUCCAAUGAUGAGGCAGUUCGAGUCUUGAGAGAGGUUGUCCAGAAACCAGGGCCUAUCAAACUAGUGGUUGCAAAGUGUUGGGACCCCAAUCCUAAAGGUUACUUCACAAUUCCUAGAACUGAACCUGUAAGGCCAAUUGACCCAGGAGCUUGGGUAGCACAUACAGCAGCUAUUAGAGGAGAAUCGUUUCCUGUUCGGCCUCCAUCAGUUACAACUCUUACCUCUACCAGCUCCUCCAUUACAUCAAGUGUGCCUGAGACUGAACGGCCGUUUGAAGAGAUUCAACUGACUGUGAAUACAGACAUGCCAACCAUUGUUCGGGCCAUGGCUCGACCUGACUCAGGACUUGAGAUUCGAGAUAGAAUGUGGCUCAAAAUAACAAUACCAAAUGCUUUCAUUGGUUGCGAUGUUGUAGAGUGGUUGCAUGCUCAUGUAGAAGGUUUCCAUGAUCGUCGAGAUGCUCGCAAGUAUGCUUCACAGAUGCUGAAAGCUGGCUACAUCCGACACACUGUAAAUAAGAUAACUUUCUCAGAGCAGUGUUACUAUGUUUUUGGAGAUCUCUGUGCUGCAAUGUCCAAUCUGAAACUUCAUGAUGACUGCACAUCAUUGGAUAGAGACACGGUUGGACCUCUUCCAGCACCAAACACAAUGCCAGCUCCUUGGGGAGGGACACACAUGCCAUAUUCGGGCACUUAUCUACCUCACACUGGCACGGGAUAUGCUCCAAUGCCAUUUAACUACACAAAUGAACCGUCAGUAUAUGGAUAUGCACGUGAGGAAAGUGUUCAUAGUGGUUCAGGUGGCUCCAGUAAUGGUUCAGAACCUAUGUGCAAAGAAGCUGGUACAGACCUGAUGAAGUCGGGUAGUUCAGCCAGUGAGAGUGAAUUGGGGGGUGGUGUUGGUGGUGGUGUUGUUGUUGGUGGUGGUGGUAACACCGGUGUAGUGACAGCUGUGAAACCAUCUGGUGGUCGACGGUCGGGUGGGUCCCGGUCACGUUCUAGUGGUUCAGAACAGUCAGUAGCUACGACGUCUACAGCAGGCCCACAGUCUCAGCACCCACUACAGCAGACACAGGAUCUAUCUGCAGUGCGAGGGCAGCAUCUCCAGGCCCCAACUCAAGACUUGUAUUGCCACAUUCACAGUUACAGCAACUCCAAAGAUGUUGAAGCAUUUGAAGAUGGAUUGCUUGAAUACCAGUUUUCUCACAAGUAAAGGAGGCUUUUGAGAAGUACACAUAGCAUUCAUGCAGGAUGAAGACUUAGAGGAAAACAGUUACUGCAGCUACAACUGUUUUUAUUGAAAAUCUGAGAUACUAGAACUAUAUAUUUAUAUUAACAUUAAAAUCCCAGAAAUACAGAGUGGAGGGCAGAAACUUCCUUUUUUGAAGGUGAAUAAAAGAAAAAUUAUUGCUGAUAGACAAAAUUUAUGUUUAGCUA